CACACAGGAAACGGAAGUGCGCGGCAGGAGGAGCUCUCCGUCUGAUGGAGGAAGUGGACGGACUAUUGUUUACGCUUUUUACUGGAAACCAACAAUAAAACACACGAAAAUGUCUACGAUAUAGCGGAGACCAGAGGGAUAAUUCGAGACUGAACACAUUAUAUAUUUGUUUUACUAAGUGGUUUUAUAUUUCGGUGGGAUUUGAGAAGGUUUUGAAGGGUUUUGUGAAGGUGUAAGGCCAUAAGUGAUCAAAUCUGAUUAAAAACUGACAAGAGGAGCUUCAGUUACAGCAAACAGUGCCCAGCGGAGGUCAAACCCCAGAUCUGUCCACUCUCACUCAAACUCAUAUUUGAGUUUUACUGUUUUAAUCAAGGGUUUUCAGAGAUUUUAAGACCAUGUACGCACCCCCGGGAACAGCUGCGCCUGGAAACCGGAGGAGGAGAGCUGGAACAGCUCUACCCAAACAUCCAGAGCGGAGUUUAGCAUCCGCACUGCCCGGGGCGCUUUCAAUCACUGCACUCUGUACGGCCCUGGCAGAACCAGCCUGGCUCCGCGUCCAUGGUGGAAACUGUCCUAGACAGGAGCUCGGUGUUGCCGACGUCCUGGGAUACAUAGAUGACAAACUCAUUGAGGAUUACUGCAUCAACUCUCAGUCCAUCCUGCUCUUGCGGGUUAUUGCUGCUUUCUGUUUCUUGGGCAUUUUGUGCAGCCUCACGGCAUUUCUGUUGGAUGUCUUUGCACCCAAACAUCCAGCCCUCAAGAUCACACGCAGAUACGCUUUCGCUCACAUCCUCACAGGUACGACGAAUUCAUGA